UAAAUAGAAAAUUUCAAAUCGGGGGGUUGUGAUUUUGGAUUUUCAGGGUUGUUAAAUACACUCGUUGAGAUGUUCAUUGCUGACAGAUUGCAAGUAUUAUGGCUGCCGUUUAUUGUUAGUGGUGCAGCCCAUUAUUUGAUUUCGAGUGAACAAUCGUUAAAACGAUAAUCAUUUGAUCUGUUGGUGCUGUUAGUAUUAUUACAUUUAAGUGUCUCGACAAUACCAACGACUGCAGCACGUUACUGUUUCGCAGCAGUUGCUGUUGAAUUUCUAAGAAGAACUCACGCAUAAUAUGGCUAGCAACCGAGCUUCAGUUCAUCCUGAAGUGAACAGUACAUCCCAAUCAUUGAGCAGCAGCUGGUCUUCUAUAGAGCAGAAACUGAUCAAGAAACUCGAAGAAAGUUACCACAACGAGAUAAACGGUAUUAAGAAAUCAAUUAUGAAUUCUCUUGAUCCCAAAUCGAUACUGAUAAAUCUGAGGCGACUGAAAGAUGUUAGAUUGAAAGUUGAUGAGUGGCACAGUAUUUCGCAACAGAUGUACGGUACAAUAAUGUGCCCUAAAGAGCAAAUACCUACAGAAAUUUGUGAGGAAAAGCCAGAAAUAAUUCCAGUACCUCCUCCGAGGACGAUGACUUAUGCAGAAUGCUUGAAGAAAGGAAUCAGCAAAUUUAAAACUCCUGUUGACGAAGCCAAGGAUACAAAUUGCCAAACUAUUGAUAAAGAUGCAGUUCCUAUUAAAAGAGCUGUUAACACUCAGUUAACUAAUACUCAAGUAACGGAACAAAGAAAGCUCAAUCCUUAUCUUAUAAUUACCGGUUUAGAUUUGUCUGUCGGUAGCGAAAAAUUAUUUCGAUCUCUUGUGGAGCAAAACUCUUUCAUUAAGGCGAAGUAUCCAGAUGUGGAAAGGAUCAAGAUGGAAGUUAAAAUCCAUCAUUUCAAAACUUAUAAAGUAAGAUCAAGAUUAGCGAAAAAUGUUGUACUUGAGGUGAAUCGAAGGUUUAGAUCUUUGGUUGCUGGCUCUCAGGUCACAAUUGGGUGGUGCCGGUUCACCGUUAAAGAUUAUAACGGUAUACUGAGGUGCUACAAAUGCCAGCAUGUUGGUCAUAUUUCUAAGUUUUGUACAGGAUCAAGGGCUUGCAGCUACUGCUCAGGUCCCCAUUCCUAUAGGGACUGCAAUGCUAAAGCCCCGAAAUGCUGUCUAUGUGAAGAAAACAAACACAAAUGCGAUCAUGAGCCGUAUUCCGACAAGUGUACAUCAUACAGACGUAUGAUUAACAAUUGGAUCAACAAAAACGCUUACUAAAAAAAAACUUAUUCUUUCGAAUUUAUCAUCUUAAUUAUUCCAUAACCAUUUGAUAUAAUUCCAUAAAAAUAAAUUGUUCUACUAAAUAACGUUAUUAUAGAUUUUAGGAAU